CGGUCAGCGGUCAGCGGUCAGCCAGCACCAGCUCUUUCCAUCGCCUCAGUCCCGCCAUCAUCGCUGCCGUGAGCACGCGACCGCGAGAAGAAGCAUCGUCCCAAGCCAGAACAUCUCUACUAGGCAUUUUAGAGGGGAAGAUGCGCUGAAGCGAAGCAUAGCGCUGAUAUCACAGCACAACGAUUGAGCAGUGUUGAGCAAGAGCACGCGGGUGGAAGUGCAAAGGACUGGGCUCGUGAGCCAGUGCCAGUGCCAGUGCCAGCGCCAUGGACCGCCAAUCUCACCCGGCACCUGACAACGACACCGGCCGAACGAAUGAGCAGAACGUUCGACUGGCUCUCGAUUACUUGCGAAGCCGAACCGCCGGCGGUACCGUUCGUGACAGCCGACCUGCUCUGCCAGACAGAAGAGAAAGCGGCGACAGCGCAGAGCGGAAGAGGCGACAUACGGGCUCAGAGCCACAGCGACGAGACUAUCCAUAUCCCACAUACAACGCCACUGCCUCGCAUCUUCACCACGCUGCACGUCUUCCCUCACCACCCGGGAGCAGUAGAGAGACUGCUAUCGACCUGACAUCACCGCCUGCUCAACCACAACCACGACCUGCCAGACCAUCGAUCCCAAGAAUGCCAGGUAGCGAUGACGGUAGAAGAAGUCCAGGCGGAGCUGCACCAUCGGCUACAAGAGACAGCGACAUUGUAUUGCCUCGGUGGCAACCAGACAACGACGUGACCAAGUGUCCCGUCUGCGACACCGAGUUUAGCCUCCUGUAUCGCAGACAUCAUUGCAGGAAGUGCGGCCGCGUGCCCCCGAAUCCCUACUUGCUGGGAGAUGAGGCUGCGCCGUCGACAUCACCUUCAAGCAGACGGAAUCCAGCGCUCGGCGGAGGCGACAUUGUCCGAGUGUGCAACCCGCUGCUGAUGCUGCCAUUCAAAGUUCUCGUGCUGCCAUUCAACGAUCGCGGUCGAACACUUAUCACACCCUGGACGCUUCGCAAUCAUCACAAGCAUCUGUUCCGCCCACUUCCACAAGUGAUGUCACCAUCGUUGCCCGACCAGUCGCGUCCAAGACGUCAAGUCCGUGAGGAGGACGAGUGUCCCGUCUGCGGCGAAGAAAUGCCACCAGGAGACUCGGUACGCGAGACUCACAUUGAGGACUGUAUAGCCACGCGCUUCUCAUCAACGCCCACGCAAUCCGCUGUGCGUCCACCGCCAGCGCCGGGAACUCCAGAGUCUGUUGGUCAUGCGCCUGAAGGCUCACGACCACGCGCCACCAGCUUUCGACCACGCGGCAUGUUGAAGUCCAAAGCCACGGAGAAAGAUUGCGUUGGCGCCGACGGCGAGCCACAGGAGUGCAUUAUCUGUUUUGAGGAGUUUGAGGAAGGCGAUGACUUGGGAACCAUGGAAUGCUGGUGCAAGUUCCACCGCGACUGCAUCCGUGGCUGGUGGGAGAAGAAAGGCCCUGGAAGCUGCCCAACGCAUCGACUUUACGAUUGA